GCGUCCCGGGCCGGGGAAGCGGUGCUCAGGGAGGGGGGGCUGUGUUGUUGUGGGGUGUCUGUCAUGCUCGGUGUUGGAAGACUGCCCUGCGCUGUGUUUGAUUGAUCGGGUCUCCGGGAUGCCGCGCUGUGCUGUGAUCGACUGAUCUGGCCUAUGAAAUUCCCGUGCUUCCACCACCUGUCUGCAGCAUGCCAGAACUUCAUCCCGAGCCGCUGGCUGCUGUUUCCUGCAUUAAUUGCGAAGGAAUAUCGGGGCUACCUGAUCGCGGCGCCCUCGGUGUUCCGCGCAGAUGUGGAGGAGUCUGUGAGCGUGACCAUCUUCAACCCCGUGAAGGAGACCAGGGUGCAGGUUCAGCUGUGGGUGAAAGGGGAGGUGGUGGCCAGCAGCCAUGGGACAGUGCUGGACAAAGGCACAAUCAAAUUAAAGGUACCUCCUGGCCUGCGCGGACAGGCUCAUCUCAAGGUGUGGGGCAACCGCCACCUGACAGAGGAGGGCUACAUCUUCCACAACUACACCACCGUGACCGUGGACAGCAAGGGCGCGGCAGUCUUCAUCCAGACCGACAAGCCCGUGUACAAGCCCCGGCAGAAAGUGCUCGUGAACAUCUUCUCCGUCACCCCUGACCUGCGGCCAGCCAGGGACAAGGUCGAUGCCUACGUCGUGGAUCCCAGGGGUUCAAGGAUGAUUCAGUGGACAGAUCUGAAGCCAGUUUGCUGUGGCAUAGUGAACGUGAGUUUCCCCCUGUCGGACCAGCCCGUGUUUGGCGAGUGGUUUAUCUUCGUGGACAUGCAGGGCCACACCUACAACAAAUCCUUCGAGGUGCAGAAAUACAUCACGCCUAAGUUCGAGCUGCUGAUCGAUCCUCCGCGGUACAUCCGCGAUCUGAACACGUGUGAGAAGGCCACAGUCCGCGCCAGCCAGCAGGGAGCUGGAUUAUCACAUAGCAGACAGUGUCAGACACUCAGGAGGGUGGAAAGGUCAUUUCCUGUCAGGAACGUGCAGGUGGAGGUGACCUACCCAGACGGCAGCCCCGCGGACCGGGUGCGAGUGCGGGUGAAGGCGGAGCUGACGCCCAAGGACAACGUCUACACCAGCGAGCUGCUGUCCCGGGACGGGCGGGUGGAGUUCGAGAUCCCCUCCAUCCCCACGGCUGCCCAGUACGUCUGGCUGGAGACCAAGGUGACGGCGAUCGACGGCCAGCCAGCAGGAGACCAGUACCUGCCCAGCUACCUGUCCAUCAGCAGCUGGUACUCCCCCAGCAAGUGCCACCUCCAGCUGCAGAGCCCUGGCGCACCGCUGCAGGUGGGUCGGGAGGCCCAGAUUGCUCUCAAGUCCACCUGCCCGUGCAACUUCUCUCUGCAUUACGAGAUUGCUUCCCGCGGCAACAUCAUCCAAUCUGGGCUCCAGCCCGCCAAUAUCACUCAGUACCGGGGCAAGAGGGCUGCUGUCACCUUCGACAAGAACAUCCACACCACAGCGCCCCCUAGCGCUUCUGGGGCAGCUCCCCCGCCGCUGCCGGAGGAGACAGACAGCUGUGUGGCGGUGCUGGGGUUCCUCGUGACGCCCGCCAUGGCCCCGCUCAGUCGCCUGCUGGUCUACUACGUGCGGGACAACGGCGAGGGUGUGACGGACAGUAUCCAGCUCCCCGUGCAGCCCGCCUUCGAGAACCAGGUGUCCAUCUCUCUGUCCACAAAUGAGUCGAUGCCAGGAGACUCGGUCAGUAUCCGUGUCCGAGGGGAGAAGGGCUCCUGUGUCUGUGUGGCUGCAGUGGACAAGAGCCUGUAUCUCCUGAAACCUGGCUUCCAGCUCACCAAGGACAAGGUCUUUCAGGAGCUCAGGGAGUUCGACGUCUCGGAUGCCUUUGGAAUCCCAAAGGAUGAGGGGCACUUCUGGUGGCCGGGGCUGUCGUCACGGCGACGCCGGAGGUCCUCUGUGUUUCCAUGGCACUGGGACAUCGCCAAGGACGCCCGCUUUGCCUUCACUGAGACGGGGCUGGUUGUCAUGACGGACCUGGUGAGCCUGAAUCACCGGCAGAGCGAGGGCAUGUACACCGACGAGGCCGUGCCCGCCUUCCAGCCGCACACGGGCACGCUGGUGGCCGGCAUGCACCCCCGCGCCGCGGCGAGAGCCGAGAGGCGCAGACGGUCCUUCUUCCCGGAUACGUGGGUCUGGCGCUGCCUCAAUGUCAGUGACGUCACCGGAGAAGCCGAGCUGAGGCUGGACGUCCCGGAUUCCAUCACCACCUGGGUGGCGGAGGCGAUCGGCCUGUCGGAGACCCGGGGGCUGGGCCUGGCCCAGAGCGCGGAGCUGCGCUCAUUCAAGCCCUUCUUUGUGGAGUUCACCCUCCCCUACAGCGUGAUCCGGGGGGAGCAGACCAAGGUCCUCCUCACAGUCUACAACUACCUGCCCACCUGUGCCGAGGUGCACAUCAAAGUCUCUGUGCCCAAGGGGAUCAAGUUUGUGGGGCAUCCUGGGAAACAUCACCUGACCCGGAAGAAGUGUGUUGCCCCUGGAGAGGCCACGCCCACCCCCAUCGUCCUGUCAUUCACUGAGCUGGGUGUGGCCAAUAUCACAGCGCGGGCCGUGGCGUACAGCGAACCUGGCUGCUGCACGGACGGCCUGCAGGCGCCCAGGUCACCGAAGAGCCCGGAGGACACGGACGCGGAGAGGAAGGCCCAAGCCGGGCUGGACCAUGUGCGGAGGAGUGUGCGGGUCGAGCCGGAGGGCCUGCCCCGAGAGUACACCUACAGCGUCUUCUUCUGCCCCAACGAGAAAAUCCACAUCUCCACGCCCAACAAGUACGAGUAUCAGUACGUGAAGAAGCCGGGGCGCAUGACGGGGUUCGUGGUGGCGGUGAAGGCGCACAACGACGCCCACGUCGCCCUGUCCGCCAGCGCGCACGACACGGCCGAGAUGGUGGAGAUCGUCAUCGGAGGGCACCAGAACACGGGCACCUGGAUCUCCCUGGGCAAGAUGGGCGAGCCCGUGGCCAGCGCCGGCACGCCGGGCAUCCUGUCCUGGGACGAGUUCCGCAGCUUCUGGAUCAGCUGGGGCGGCGGCCGGGUCCAGGUGGGCCACGGCGCGCAGCCCUCCGACGCCUCGGCCAUCGUGGAGUGGGGGGGCGUGUCGCCCGGGCAGGUGAGGCACAUCGGCUUCUCCACGGGCUGGGGCUCGGCGGGCGAGUUCAAGAUCUGGCGCAAGGAGGACUCGGACGAGAACCACAACGAGGCGUUCACCCUGGGCGUGCCCCACAACAUGGUGCCAGGCUCCGAGAGGGCCACCGCCUCCAUGAUCGGGGACGUGAUGGGCCCGACCCUCAACAAUCUGGACAAACUCCUGCGCCUGCCCUUCGGCUGUGGGGAGCAGAACAUGAUCCACUUUGCCCCCAACGUGUUCGUCCUGCGUUACCUGAAGAAGACCCGGCAGCUCAGCCCGGAGGUGGAGACUGAGGCGACGGACUACCUGCUGCAAGGGUACCAGAGACAGCUGACGUACAAGCGGCAGGACGGCUCCUACAGCGCCUUCGGAGAGCGGGAUUCCUCGGGGAGCAUGUGGCUGACCGCGUUCGUGCUCAAGUCCUUCGCGCAGUCCCAGGCCUUCAUCUUCAUCGACCCCGCGGAGCUGCGUGCGGCCAAGGACUGGAUCAUCACGCAGCAGAGGGAGGAUGGCUCCUUCCCUGCCGUGGGCCGCAUCCUCAACAAGGACCUGCAGGGAGGCAUCCAUGGGAAGAUCUCGCUGACGGCGUACGUGGUGGCGGCCCUGCUGGAGACGGGAGUGUCCUCUGAGGAAGAGAAGGGGGCGGUAUCCAAGGCCAAGCACUUCCUGGAGACCAACACCUACUCGGCGGAGGACCCCUACACCACCGCGCUGUCGGCCUACGCCCUGACGCUCCUGCGCAGCUCCUACGCCCCCCUCGCCCUGCGCCGCCUCAACCACAUGGCCAUCACACAGGAUGGGUUCACGCACUGGAGUCUGAUGGGAAGCACGGUGACAGACGAGGACACCUUCAUGGGCUUCAGCGACGGUCUCUGUAAAAACAAUAAGCAUAAGAACCGGACUGGAAUGGAACAGGUGGUUUUACCCCUGCUGGUAGUAACAGGCAGUUUCAGUCAUUUUCCGACCGGAAGGUUUAUUUCUGAGCGUCAGUUUGAGGGCUGCUGUAAGGGACCGCGCCACUGCAGGCUUCCCAUCAUGCCUCUUCCCUCCAGGUGGCUCCACUCUGGCUCGUCCAACAUGGCCGUCCUGGAGGUGCCGCUGCUGUCUGGAUUCCGUCCUGACGUGGAGAGCUUGGAGAAGGUCCUGAUGGACAAGAGGGUCGGGCUGAAGAGGUACGAGGUGGACGGCCGCAAGGUCCUGUUUUAUUUUGAUGAGAUCCCCAGUCAGUGCAUGACCUGCGUCAGUUUCCAGGCCGUCCGGGAGUACAUCGUGGGGAAGACCGCGCCCGUGCCCGUCAAGGUCUACGACUACUAUGAGCCGGCGUUCGAGGCCACGAGGUUCUACAACGCCAGCCAGAGCAGCCCCCUGGCCCGCGAGCUCUGCGACGGCACGACCUGCAACGAGGUGGAGAGCUCGACCAGCCACUGGAGCGGCUUCGUGCAGCCCGGCUCCUGCCACAACGUGUUCGGCUGCCCCGAGGAGGAGCGCUCCGAGCGCUGCACCUGCGCCCGGGACUGCGGCUACGACGGCGAUCUGGUGUGCGGCUCCGACGGCGGCCUGUACCAGAACCAGUGCCAGAUGGAGGUGGCCGCCUGCCGCAACGGCACCCGCAUCGAGCAGGUGCCCCUGAACCAGUGCCCCACGGUGGAGAGUGUCCCGGACGAGGGAGAGCUGGGGAUCGGGGCCGUGGAGGAGCAGGAGCCCGUCCCUCUGCAGACAGGAGAGGAGGACCCCAGCUCGCUGGCGGAGGUGUCCUAUUACUCCUAUGAGUAUGACAGCGAGCCCUUUCUGCCGGAGGGGGAGAGCGAGGACGUGGUCACACCCCGAGGGGAGGGCGCCAGCGAGGCAGGCAGACCGCCUGGCAGCGAACCCCAGCCCACGGACCCCGAGGACACCCCUGAGCGAUGAACUCCUCGCCCCGGGCCGGAGCGCCGCAGAGCUCGCUCAGCUUGUACAUUGUGUGUGAAUAUGUGGGACGGACCCGACAGGAGGCGAGCACAGCCAGACAGCUGCGGUCACUGGGGCCAGCGCUCUCCAGACCAGCGGCCUGCCCUCCCCCCCCCCCCCCCCCCAGACGACUGUAGCGCCCCUUCCUUCCAAACUGGUCCCAGUACGCUGUUUUUAUAUAAUCGCUAGACGGGGGAAAAAAAAAUGAGUAUUUAUGUUUGUAAUUAUACCGGAGAACGAAAAUGCUAUUUGGAGUAUUAUUUUUUUCUAUCUGUGGUAUUUAUUUUUGUAGUUAGUGCUUUUGAGUCCUUAUAAAUGUUUCUUGUGUUCUGUAGCCCCAAUCUGCCCCCCCCAUGUCUGAAGCACGAGAGCAGGAAGGGAACCUCUACCUCUUUUCUGCCUUGCCGGUUGUACUUGCGUCCGACGCCCAGUAGGUGGUGCUAUUGAGUAUAGGUUUACGCUAUCAUGAAGUAACGCUCCGACAUUCACCUGAUUUGGUGAUACAACAUUUCAAUGUUCUUGUUUAAAAGUAAUAAAUCUAGCGGUUUAGUUGAAUCUGGCAGUAUUUAUUCUCACGCGGUUUCCGUGUCUGCUAUCCCUAACGUCGAAAUGAAGAGGACGAGUAAAGGUACAGACGAGAAACCCAUUGUCUGGGCUGUUGAACCUGCUUCUGGUGUGGAGAAAGUGGAACACCUGUUGGUUGGACACCCCAAGAAAGCUCAACAGCGGAAAUGUUGUUUCUUAUUUGUACCUUUCAGGUUAGAAUAAACCUUUAUUUCUUCCCUUUCAGUCUUCAGCCUUCUUGAAACAAAUUCAACAUUUUCGUGAAUGUCCUUUUGAUGUAAGCUGGUAAUGGAUUGGUAUUCAACUGACAAGGUUACGUGUUCUAGUAAAUAUUCAGUGCAGGAAGUGGAGUAAAGAGAACUACAGACAGGGUCAUGCUACUCCAACCCCAAAACGACCGUUAUGUUCGAGCACACCUUCAAAAUCAAAAAACAGGUUAGACAACAGCCCUUAAGUCGUGUCUUUCUGAAGUGCGAAUCUGCAAAUGCAAAACAAAAUGCAGAAGGAUCUCCGAGACCUCUCGGGAAUCUUGCAGAGCAGAGAAGGUGAAACAUGAGUGGCGUUCUCUUUUCUCACUUGCUGUGACUGAUCUGAACAAAAUCGUCUGAGCUGGGAAAUUCACAAAUAGAAAUGUGGUCGAGGGAUGUCCCAGCUGCCAGAUUGACUGUUUUUAUAUGGACUUAAGUCAUUUAUAGUCUGAUGUGUGGGGUGAUCGCUUCUAUUUCAAAGGGUCAGUUUGGUCUUUGUCAUUCAGGGGUGAUAAGCGUUGAAUUUGUCUCUUCAAACCAAAAGUUUACUUUUUAACAGAAAAGGCUUUAAAGCUCGGCAACCUAUUAACUUCCUAUGAAAGGAUUGAAAAUCCUUUUUCCUGCGGUUUAUUUUUCAUUCCCUGCUGACAAUGCAGAAGAUAGGAGCUGUCGUUUCUAGUCCUUUCUGCAGAAUGGGACCCCUGCUGCGAGACUCUCAGACUCUCUGUCACUGACAGCAGGACCCCCGAAACUGACUGCCAAUACUACUGGCUCUGAUGCAUAGUCUGGAGGUAUUGUAAAGGAUGUAAUCUGAAAUAAUGUACUGUUAUGCCCCCAAACAAUUUCAAAUACUGUACUUUUUUUAAAAAAUAAACUUUGUAUACAACUGA